AUGCCCGUUGUAAAAUACCCCAGGGCUACAGAGCCUCUUUGGCAUGAAUGGGACAGGAAAGCACAGAAAUGUGGAUUAAGACACACAGUCUAUGCUGUAAAUGGGGAUCAGUAUACUGGAGAAUGGCUGGACAAUUUGAAACAUGGUAAAGGCACCCAGUUGUGGAAACGCUCCAGAGCUAUUUAUAGUGGUGACUGGAAGUUUGGGAAGCGGGAUGGUUAUGGCUCAUACAGCAUUUUUGACCCUGUAACCAAGGAAUACAAGAAGGUGUAUACAGGCUGGUGGAAAAACGACCAAAAGUGCGGCUACGGGACGACGCUCUGCCCCCGUGGGGAGCGCUACGAGGGGGAGUGGAGCGGAGGGCUGCGCAGCGGCUGGGGACGGAUGUGCUACCAGGACGGCUCCAUCUACGAUGGACAGUGGCUGCAGGACCAGCCCCAUGGGCAGGGCAUGCUGCGGCUGCCAAAUGAAAAUCGAUAUGAAGGAGGCUGGAAAGAUGGAAAGAAGCAUGGCCAUGGGAAAUUCUUCUACUUGGAUAAGGGACAGCUGUUUGAAGGUAUCUGGGCAGCAGAUAUACCAAAGUGUGGCAUCCUGAUUGACUUUGGCAGAGAUGAGGCUCCUGUUCCUCCCCAGUAUCCAAUCCCAAAGGUGGAACUAGCUGAUCCAGAUGGUGUUUUAGCAGAAGCCCAGACGAUGUUUGACGACAGUCCUAAUUAA